GAUUUUGUGAGGCUCAAGUGUCAAAAGGGAGAGGGAAAGGAGGGCGUCUUAGAAAUGUUGUAGUCUUUUUUUUUUUUUUUUUUGAGGGGGAUUACAGUGUUCUCUUCUUCUCAUUGGCUUGCCCCACCGUGACAGUGGAGUGAAGAUGAGAGCUUGACAUGCUUGGUUUCUUCCUUAACAAGCUUCCAACUUGCAACCAGGCUGUACAUGUCAUUCAAACAAUUAGGAGCACAGAAAACAUGUAUUGUGGGUUUAUUACGCCAUAAAAAGCCCAUGACUUUAUCCUUUUUUUUCUCUUUUUCUUUUUUUUGGGGGGAGGAGGGUGACUGGAUUUGUUUUAAAUGAAUGUGUGGUCGGAUUUGGAAAUGCCCAAACCUUUAGACCACAUCAAGAGACCCAUGAACGCGUUCAUGGUGUGGUCCAGGGGCCAGAGGCGCAAGAUGGCCCAGGACAACCCAAAGAUGCACAACUCGGAAAUUAGCAAGAGACUGGGCGCCGAGUGGAAAAACCUCUCCGACUCCGAGAAGCGUCCUUACAUCGACGAGGCCAAGAGGCUCCGGGCUCAACACAUGCGAGAACACCCGGACUACAAGUACAGACCCCGGCGUAAACCCAAAAGUCUCCCCCAGACGCAGCGCCUCGUUUUCCCGCAUGUGGAGCCCUUGAAGGGAUUCUCCGUGGACUCAUCGUUUCUCAUCCACGGGAAUAAAAGCCCCGCCCUGCUGGCGCCUUCCCCGGUGAGACAUCUCCAUCGGAUGGCCGACUUCCAGCCGCCUCUGAGCGGCUACAGCGCGCCCACCCUCGCGUACCACCCCGGGGCUACUGUGGUCGGGGGGGGAUUGGCGUGCCUCGGACAGCACACCCACGCGACGCCCGGCAGCCCCUACGUGGUGCCGUGUAACUGUGGGGCGUGGUCGGCGGCCGGUGUGCAGCCCCAGGUGGCUUACAUUCUCCUCCCGGGAGGAAUGGGCAAGAGCGGCGCGGACGCGUACGCAGCGCCCGGGGCCAGUGCGUAAAUGGAGUGGUGGGGACGCACCACCAGAAGGGCGCAGGACGCGCACCACUUGAGAUGCAAAUACUCCCUCUGUGGACAUAUGGAAGAGAUCAUAACUCACUUUGGACUGCGUGGGAAAUAGUAGUAGUCGUUGCGACUUUCGGCUCGUUCCGCCGGGAGUCGCCACACCGAGACACGAGCACCAUUCGGUUGGCACUUAUUACACAUUACUAAUCGAAUUGAACGUUUUCUGCGAAAUGAAUUACAGUUGAUGGAUCAUGAUAUUUGUCAACACGCACAUUUGACCCUGUAAAGCUUGAAACAUUCAAUACAUUCUUAAAUUCAAAUUCCUUCAAAGUGGACCCUGGCUGGAUAUUGGUCCUUUUGAACAAAACACAACAAAGAAUUCAUUCAUUAUUAAUAAAUUUUAGUGUAAGUAUCGCAUAUGACA